AUGACCAAGGUGACGGGAACGAAACCAAGGGACGAGGGUGAGCCAGCCACUAAGCGCGAACGCAGGGAGCUGCAUUCGCACAAGAAAGAUCGGAGGGAGCGCAAGGAGCGCAAGGACCGCCAUGAUCGCCAUGAUCGCAAUGACCGCAGGGACCACAGGGACCACAGGGACCUCAGGGACCUCAGGGACAUGCACAGGGAUCGCAAGGAGCGCAGGGAGCCAGCCGGAGGCACCUCAUCCAGGAUGAAGAACAUCUCGCCAAUUCUCUCGAAGGCCUCAGAGAGCACCGAAGAAGACAGCUACAGCGACUCCAGCUACUCUGAAUCGAGCUACAGCUCCACCGAAUCUUCCAGCUGCACAAGCUUCUCGAGCUCCACCAGCAGCAGCUCCUCGUCCAGCGACAGCGAGGCGGAGCCAGAAGGCACCGGCAAGAAGUUUGAGCGCAGCAAGCACUCGUGCUGCCAUCACCGACACUAUCGUCGCCAUCGGCGCCACCACAAUCCUCGUCACUCGCACCGUCGCCGGCACGCCAUCCGUUGCCAUCACUCGAAUCACGGGCGCUCCUCCAAGCGCUUGGCUAAGAAGAGUCGUCGCGGCAUAUCCGCCGCCAAGGGCGCUGUCCCGAUUAAGGAGGAGAUUGACGCAGCAGUUUCUCCUGCCUCAGCCGCAGCCCCAGCCCCAGGGGUCAUUCAGAUACCGGCCCCCAUUCCGCUCCCCGUGCCGGCACCCAUUUUGGCUUGCCUGUCUAUUCCGGAGUCGCAACCGCAACCGCAUUCCCAGCCCCACUCCCGCUCCCACUCCCGUUCGCAAUUACAUUCCCAUUCCCAUUCCCAUUCCCAUUCCCACUCCCAAUCCCAUAGCAAUCCCCAGCCGCAACCCGUUCCGGCCCCCGUUCCGGUUCCAAAUCCUGCUCCUAUCGCCUUGCUGACUGCGAAGAGGGACCCAAACUGCUCCGUAUUGGACCGCAAGUCCCGCAUGCGCAGCUCCACUUCGCAGACCAUCACCUCGGCCGCCAGCAGUUCCAGCGGCGCCAACCAUGCCAUCAUCCAGUCGAGCACAAUAACCAUCACCAAGACGAUUGCCAACGCUACUGCCAUGGCCGAAAGCCACUCCAGUGGCAGCGCCAGCGCCAGCACAAAAAUUAAGGCUGGCGGCAGCACCGGGCAAUCUGCAAAGACGAUUGUGACCCAUCCCGCAGGCAGCAAGGCGGUCAACCAUGCCCCCAAGACCCCAGUGGCAGGCACCUCCUCGAAGGCGGUGGUCAGGUCCAACCCCAGCGCGAGUUCGAGCCACGGGGACCACACCAAUUCCAGCUCCAGCUCGAGUUUCGUCCAGGCGCACUCCAGUAGCAAGCCCUCGGCAGCCAAGGAGCACAUCAAGAGCCCACAGCACGAUCGCUUAGGCAGCUCCGGCUCCAAGGGCAGGUCGUCAGCCAACGAUCGACCACGUCAGGGUUCCUCCCCGUCCACUAGCGCAGAGGCUAGUCGCCAAAGACAUGGUGGUCAAAGCCAAAACAACCAGUGGAACCAUCGGCGAAGUGAUGGAGGAAGUGAUGGAGGAGGAGGAGAAGCAAAGGGACGGGGCUACAGAGCAGUGAAUGAGGGCCAGAAAACGUCCUACAGAAACGGAAAGGACGCCUUCAGAUUUCGCCAGCCCGUGCGUAAUGUGCGCCUCCACAUUAAGGGACUGACGCGUCAGGUGACCAAGGAGCACGUCACCGAGAUAUUUGGCCACUUCGGACCCCUGACGGCAGUCGACUUCCCAAUGGACCGCUACCAAGGGCGCCAGGGUCGAGGAUACGCCUUCGUGGAGUACUCGCGCCCAGAAGACUGCGCCAGUGCCAUCAAGCACAUGAACGGCGGCCAGAUCGACGGCAAGCGGAUCAGGGUGUCCGCCUUCCAGGAGAGCAUGCUUAAGGCGCCGUGGCGCCAAUACCGCCGUUACUCGCCGGUCAACCGGCGCCAGAGCCAGCGUACACUGUCCCGCUCGCGUUCGAUGUCCCGCUCGCGAUCGCCGUCCCGCUCGGUGUCCGGCUCCCAGUCCGGGUCGCGCUCCUCCCACUCCCACUCCGACUCCCACUCCCACUCCCGCUUCCGCUCGAAGUCGGGUUCGCGCUUCCAUCGGCGCAACCGCUCGCACUCGCGCUCCUACUCCCGCUCGUCGCCGCGCUACGGGCACUACCAUCGCCCCGAUUCGCGUUCGCCAUAG